GGAGUUUUGUUUUGAUAAAACAAGCAUGGAUGCCGGUGAAGUGACAAGAAAGAGUCGGCCCUCAAAGUCCAAGAAGAAAGGUGGAAAGGGAACCCAAGCUAUUUCAGCAGAGGAUGAAGCGAAAAGGAGGGAAGCUGUUAAAGAACAACUCCGACAGAAGCUUGAGUUGGAGCGUAAAGCCCGGCAGGUGGUUGAGCGGCUGUUGGAGGACAGCGUGACAGAAGAGUUCCUCAUGGACUGUGCCUGGCACAUCACUCCUGCCAACUACAAAGACACUGUGGAAGAACGAUCCAUUGCUAAACUGUGUGGAUAUCCCAUGUGCCCAAAUAAAUUAACUAAUGUGCCCACUCAACAAUAUAAAAUAUCCACCAAGACAAAUAAAGUCUAUGAUAUUACAGAGCGUAAGUGCUUUUGCAGUAAUUUCUGCUACAAAGCCUCCAAAAGUUUUGAGCUCCAGAUAUCAAAGAUUCCACUUUGGCUUCGAAAGGAGGAGAGUCCACCUGAGAUUAAGCUGAUGAAACAAGGAGAUGGAGGCAGCUCAGGACAGGAGAUAAAGCUGAUUGACAAGCCUAUAACAGAAGCAGACAUCGACAAUCCCAUCGAGGACAUUCCCGAGUCUAACAAGGACUUGAUCCAGGGUGAAAACGGUGACAUCGAACAAGACUUUGUCUCCAGUGUGGUGUCCAAUCAGCACAAACAAGUUCACUGGGGAAAACUGCCAAAGAGAGAUGAAGUGAGUGAAGAUGCUGCUGAAUAUUCACAUUCAGAACAUGAACAAAGAAUCAAUGGAGAAAAUAAAGAUGAAAGCGAAUCUUCACAAACUCCUCAACCACAAAAAGACACAACCGAUCAUCCUGCACUGGAAAAAAACGCCUCUGAAAUUGAAGGGACUUUGGAGCUUUUGAAUCAGGAUAAAUCAACCCAACAGGAAGGUGAAAACACAAGCUCUUCACAGCCUGAAUCUGACAUCUCUGUUCCUGUGGCUGGCGACCUGAACAUUACUCAGGUGGGAAUGAGUAAAAGAUCAGCUGCGGGCCUCAAAGGCCUGUUGAAGGAUCAUCAUAAAGCUAAAACGGCUUCUACAGCCAUCAGUCAGUGUCUUCUGGAGCGUCUACGGCAAGCCUUUAUAGAGUGGAGAACUAAGGAAACCAUGAUAUUUCUUUAUGGUCCGGAUUACGCCUCAGGGAUGCAACUGUCUACAGCAGGAGCAUGGGAAGAGGAGCAGUUGGAUGAAGAUGACCUGGAUGAGGCUGAGGUGGGCGUGAGAUCAGCUGAAGGAGGACCUUCCAGAACCAGCGCUCCAGUUCCUGAUGUGGAGACUCUGAGAAAAGAGACAGAAAUGUUGGAGCUGAGAGUGAGGGAGUUUUACAAAGGAGUGUGUGUUCUGCCGGAAGAGGUCGAGACGGCCGCUGUUAAAGAGACUGAACACACACAGGACAGUGGGAAAGAUCCCCCUCUGCCUUUGGUUGAUUCUCACGCGCAGCACCAGAUUCAGAAACGCAUUGUUGUGGAGAAGCUCAGCCACAGCUUGAGAGAUAUUGUUGGACCCCUUCGUCUAACAAUGAGUGAUGUCAUCAAUGAUGUAAAUAAUUUGGUCCGGACAUUCAGAUUUACGAACACAAACAUUAUUCACAAAAGCCCAGAGUGGACUUUAAUUGCUGUGGUUCUUCUGUCAGUGUUAACAGAAGUGUCACCAUUGUUGCGAGAGUCGUUGGCGAGCGUGUCUUCGUUAGAAUACAUCUCCUGUUUCAUGAAAGAGCUGAAACUGGAGGACAAAGAUCUUCACAACCUCGUGCUGCUCUUCAAACCGUGCGUCCCUAUACAAACGUGAUGUACAGAACACUCUUUUAGAGAUGAAAAUAAAAACCUGUCCCAACACAAUGGUUCUGUGCUACAUUUGAGUGUUAAGUCAUUCUGCAACACAGCCUCAGUGGAAAUAUGUGCUUCAGCCUACAUUUCAUACAUUUGACUGGAGUUUCUAGGUAAGAUAAAUGUUACAAGGCAAUUUGAUGCCGAUAACUUUGUUCAUUUUCACACUAAUUUUAUUUGCAUCAAUACAUUAUAGACAAAUAGGGUUCAUUAACGUUCAGGUCAUCAAAUAUAUUCCACAAACAACUUAACAGUGUCUUUAAUUUGUAAUGAGUGUUGUGUUUUGUGUUGUGUUGUACAUGGUUCCUCAACGGUAAAAAAAAUAUGCAAAAUCAAGGUAAAAUGAUGCGAUUGCAGUGCACUUUUCUCAUACGUUUGCCUUUGAAAACACUAUUGGUCGGGUUUAGGGAAGCGUUAAGGUCAGUCGUUAUUAAGAUGAACUGUACAACAAGUUCUGCCUUUUUCAUAGACGUGUACAAGAAAGAUGUGUAUCUGAAACAUACAACAAAACAUACCCAAGUCAGUAAUCCCCAUCCUUAUUAUGACAAUUUUUCCGUCCUGUGGGGGUGCUGAGCAAUCAUCAUUUCUCAGAUUAUGACAAGCUGAUAAAACAAUACUGCAACUCUCAAACAAGUUUUAAUUUUGGAGAAAAUUAAAAAGGUCUGCAGUG